UAAACAACCAGAGUUGGCACAAAAUACUGAAGGGAAAGUGGCAUGGGAAGGUGAUGCAUUACAUCAGGUGUUGGGAGAAGAGAAACCUGGACAAGUUCAUGGCAUGGGAUUGCUCCCAGUUCCUAAACAAGUCUAUGGUCGAACAACACGGCAUUUCAAGGACAUAAAUAUAAUUACAGUAGAUGGAUCAUCAUCAGAUGUGGAGACUCAUAUGCUAGAAGAAAUAAAGCAACUCAAGGAGCAUGCAAGAAAGCAAGACAAAGUUAUUGAUGAACUCAUACACAAGAACAAACAUUAGAGUGAAGAACCAGCAAUGGAUAACUUGGUACCCACAAAUCCUGGCAACAUCAAGAGCCAUGUAGUGCAUUCUAACAGAAAGAGAGUUCAAUGUGCAUUGCCAAAUUGUGGGGACCUUUUCAAUAAACAAAGCAAUGAAUUGAACAAAAAUUCAUGUGAGUCUGAAAACAAUGGGGAUGAUGACUUAUUCCUGUCCAAUGAAAAGCAUUGUCAAGAAGAUCCUAUUUACAAGGAAGUAUCAUAUCAAGGAGCAGAACCAUCAUCCCCACAAUUCUCUACUAAUCAAUCUACUCAACAAAAGCUUGAUGCCCGUAAAAGGAAUCCAACUGAUGGUAGAAUAAUAAAGAAAAUGAAGCUGACUAAGAAUCAACAAGGAGUGCUCCGAGAUACUACAGCCAUGACACGACAAGUGCUCACACUAGAUAAGGGUGCAGGCUAUAAGGUGGACAAGCAACCUCCAAUCAAGGUUGGAUCAACUGUGCUACUUAAGACUUCAAACUAUCCAAAUAAGACAAUUGUGGCCUAUGCAACCCUUCUGAGCUCUAGUCCAAAAGCACAAGCUGGUGGAGUUGAGAUAGGAAAGCAAUUCUACAAAGUGCGUAUCAAUCACCCUACUGUACAAGAGGAGCUAUUAGUGAGGCCCAUGACCGGCUUUAGAACCAUUGGUGAUGCCCAUGCCAAAGGAGUGCCAAUUGCUUGGCCUUUGAUUUGUGUAUGUUACAGUUAUCUUUCUUCAUAUGUAGUGUUAGCUAGCUACCUCAUGCAUGUUCAAGUGAUUAAUUUUACAACUCCACUGCACUAUGCAGGUUGAAAUGAUCAAUGGUUGAAUCACGAAGCACUAGAUGUUGAGAAUACUAUAUAUGUCGUGGCAUAGACUUCUAGUGAUGAUUAAUUACUUGUGGCACAUUUGCUCUUUAGAAUCAUAUGGUUGGAUAGUUUCCUUGUACUGCAGCUAGUUCUACGCCUAUUCGGGUAGUUACAAGAGAGGUAAGGUACAAUAAUGUGCUAUCCCUUACUCUAGAACAUUCAAUGCCUAUAAGCAGUCCCACUGCCCCGGGUCUGACAGUCGCCGCCUUCCUUGUGGAAUUAUAAAUGACACCCCGGUAUACUCACUGGGUAAAAUGCUGCACCAGUUAUUUCGUCCA